UGUUAGUUGUUGCAACAAAAAAUUUAGUUAUUUUAUUGCCACGGCCAUUGGCUAUUUUGGUAAAUUGGAUAAACGCAGUGAACGCGCAUCUCUGGAAACGGCCCGGCCGAAAAUGUGCACAGAGGUAAAUUCAGCAAUGGGUCUUCAAGCAACAGCCGCUACAAAGCGGAAGCAUGAGCUGACCUUCGACAGCAAGGAUGCCAACACCACCUACACGGGCAACUGUGCACCGCCGCCGGUUAAGGCCAACAAAUGGGCCGUCAACAACAACAACUACCUGGAAUCGCUCGAGGAGCAAAAGACGACAAUGGAACACCAAACCGAAUCCAACAACAACAAUGUGGAGAUUGUGAAACCAGCGCAUAGUAUUAUUAGCAACGGUGAUAAAGUUACUAACAGCAACAGCAACAGCAAUAGCAACACUAGCACCACUAGUACCACCACCACUACCAGCAGCAACAACAAGUGCGCCGCUGAGGUGCCACUGCUGCCAACAGCGAGCGCUGCGAUACCCGAGGACAGCAUUGCCAAGCUAGAGGUGGUUGCGGCAGUGCCAUGCGAACCCUGGUCAACGGCUGCAACGCCCGUGGCGCCGGUCAGCAACAGCAGCGAACCGGUGGAUUGCAUCUCCAAGCUGCAGGCGGUCGCUGUGCCGAGUGAUCCCUGGGGCAGCAUUGCCACACGCUCCACGCUCGCAACGACGCUGCUCAGUGCGGACGAGCUGGACGACGAUGAUGAUGACUUCGAGGAUGAUUACGAGGAGGAGGAGAGUAUUAUACCCACUUACUGUCCCAUCCGAUAUCAUCCGUUUGCACAGCAACAGCAGCAACAACAGCAGCAGCAGCAGCAACAGCAGCAGCAGCAGCAGCAGCAGCAGCAGCAGCAGCAACAACAGCAGCAACAACAGCAGCAGCAACAUCAGCAACAACAGCGCAGCUAUGCGCCCGGCUAUGGCAGCCGACCCGCGUACUACUCGGAGCCGUUUCCCCAACAGAAUUGCUCCCGCACCGGAAGCCCCCAGCACAUGACGCCGCGUGGUUUUGCACCCCCGCAGUGGACAACAAAUCCGGGUGCAGCUGCAGGCGCCGUCGUUGCGAGCGCUGCAGGUGGAGCGGCAGCAGCGCCCAGUGCCACACAGCAGCAACAACAGUUCUAUGAUAAUGGUGUUGGCGUUGUCUACGCUCAGCCAGCACCGCAGCAGACCAUACGCUGUGCGGAGAAUGGCAAAUCCUAUCUGGAUCUCGGCUGUAGCAGUGCCGCCGCCAGCAAUGCGGCAACGUCAACGACGGCGCUGCCCGCAGGUAGCAGUGGCAGCGCGGCACCAGCGCCACCGCCAUUUGUAGCGAUGCCCCUCCACGGUAUGCCCCUGAAGCGCUGCUGUGACGGACGCGGCGGCUGGUGCAGCGCCAACAGGAAUUGCUACAAGGACACGCGGCUGAAGAUACGCAAUAUGUCCAUGUUCAAGCUGUCGCGCUUUCGCCAGGUGUCGGAGCAGUCGCUCUAUCGCUCGGUGCUCAUCUGCAAUACGCUCAAGCGCAUCGAUCGCGAGAUCGAAACGGAGGCCAAGGAGUUGCAUCAGGCGGCGCAGCAGCAUCAUCAACAGGCUGCUGCCGCAGCAGCUGCUGCCGCUGCCCAGGCAGCGCAAUAUCAUCCAGCCUAUCAGCAGCAACAGCAACAACAGCAGCAGCAGCAACAGCAGCAGCAGCAGCAAUCUCCGCCAGCGCCGAUGCAUCAUUCGCAGCAGCAACAGCAGGAUUAUGCGCCCGUGUUGAACUGCGCACGUUUGGCCAACAUGGAACACUAUCAGCAACUGGCGCAAGCACCCAGCUUUCAGCCCCAAGCGCCGCUCGGCUAUCAUGAGCGUCUCGAUGCCCCGCCGCCGCCCUACAGAACGGCAGUUGCGGCUCAAGCGGCAGCCUCUGCUCCCGGUGUCUUUCAGACACAGCCCGCGGCGGCGGCGAGUAGCAAUUGUGAGACGGCGGUUGGCACCACUCUGCAUCCGUACGAUCACUAUCCGUUCCGGGAUUCGCAGUCCGGCCGUGCAACGCCCUUCCCCGCCACCUGUCAGCCGACAACUGCGGCAACAGCAACAGCAGCAGCGGCUCCAGCGGCAGCAGCAGUUGUAGCUGUUGCAUUGCCAACGCCAUCCAGCAUUGCACCCGUUAGCAACAGCAGUAGCAACAGUAGCAACGUUGCUGUGCCCGCAGCAACAGUUGCUCAGGUGCACAGCAGCAACACCAGCAGCAAUACAUCCAAUGCCAGUUCCACUUCUAGCGUGGUCAGUGCCUGUGAAUCGAGUGACUCUGGCUAUGCGGAUGAUGAUUCAACGAGGUCCAUCAACUGGAGUUCGGUGCUCAGCCUCAGCUCACAGUCGGCGCUGGAUCCACUUAACAACAACGAUCUGUUCAAUAUACUUCCCGCAGCUGCCACGCCCACAGCGGUGCCCGUGUGCAUAGCGAGCAGCAGCAGCAACAGCGGCGGCGGCGGCAACGGCUCCACGCUGGCCUUUAGCGGUAGCUUUACCACCGUGCAAGCGAGCGCCAGUCAGAGCAACAGCAGCAGCAGCUCCUUCGCCUCGUCGCCAUCGUCGACAACCGCAACCUUCACCACGUUGUCCACCAUUUCAUCGGCGACACAUUCGCUGACGUCAUCCUAUGUGAGCAGCAUCAGCUCGAAUGUAUCUGCUGGAGCGAAUACGUGGGAGUAUGGUUUCCUGGACAUGGAGUUCGGGUUGGGCUCCGAGUUUACCGAACUUGUGCCCAGCUGCAAGCUCAGCACCGAUGAACUCUUCAAGAGCGGCCUCAGCGGGCCAGUGGCCAGUGCCAAUGAGCUGGAACAGCCCGCCCACAUCAUGGUCGGCAGUUAGUAUCAGUUGUAAGCAUUCGAUUGCCACGGAGACGGUGGCUGCCGUCGGGAUUGAGCAUGCGGGUCACGCUCGUCUAGGUGGCGCCUCAACCGGAAUCCAAGCAGUAUUCAAUAUGUAAGGAAUUAUGUGCAUACAGAAGUGAAACGAUAUGAGAUAUAUGAGACAAAAAAAAAAACGCUGUAAACAUAAUUUCCAAUUAUGCUCAGGUUGUGAACGUGUAUGUUGCCCCCCUCCCAUCCCUCCUUGCGAUCUUAAUGUUCCCAAUCCCAUACCACAAGCAAUCGCCGCCAGGGGCCGCCACACAUUAAUUGCAAUUGUAUUGAAAAAAUAUUGAUAAAUCUAUGAGAAAUAAUAAUAUGACAAAUUGAAAGAAAAAACUAUUAGCAAAUUUUUUAAGUGUAUAUAAUGUAAAAUGAAAAAUCUUAAAUCUAAUGCAGAACAACUUCUAGCACCUAAGUUUGAAAGUAAAAAUAAAAUAUAUAUAUGAUAAUUGUAUCUAUAUUAGCGCGUAUGACAUGUAACUUUAGCUUUGUUAGUUGCAAUUGUUGCAGUUUUUCGAUUACAACAACACGUUUCAAAACCAACACAAACAUACAAAAACAAUAACAGCCAACAGAAAGAUCAAUAAUGCAGAAAGAAUCCUUAAGAAAAAUUUGUAUUUGGCUAACAACAACAGCGAAAAGAAAGAAAAAAAACAUGUAAAAUCGAGAAACGUUUACUAUAUUAUAGCCAUAAGUAUUAUUAUUUAUAUACAACAAAACAAAUGGAUAAAUGAGAGAACAACUUAAAACAAAGUUU